UAUAGACCGCGGUGUUCAAUAUUGGCGAUACCUUUCAUCAGGCCAUACAUUAAUAUAUAAUGGAAUUCAAGUCUCCUUCAGUCACUAAACAUAAACUUAUUCGGCUUCAAUUUUAUAAUUGCCCUCCAAGUGAGGUUAUUGAACUGAAUGAACUAGAAGAAUAUGCCGUUCAUCGUAUUCGGGUGUUAAAAUGUGUUGAGGCUGUUGGGCAAGAUUGUAUUCGAGGCACUAAGGAUUAUGAUGAUAAAAUGACAACGGAAUUGACAAAAAUAGGUGGCUUCGGAAAAAUAUUUACCGCAUGUUCUUCCUCUUCAAAGAAUGCAAAGGAAGAUAUUCACAAGGACAUCAUUUCCCACUUUAUUUUACAGGUUGCGUACUGUCGUAGCGAAGAUCUACGUCGGUGGUUUGUUCAGCAAGAGGUAGACUUAUUUCGCUUCCGAUUUCUCAAUGAACGUAACAAUUCUGCUCUUGGUGCAGAAAUUAUUUCAAAAUUUCUCUGUGAAAAUCACCUCAAUUUCACCCUUAUGUCGAAUUUUGAACGAACGAAUCUACUAAAAUAUUUAAUAGCAGGUACAGCCACUGCAGGAAUUGAUUAUAAUACCACUGCAUUUUACAAAGUUCAUUUUACUGAGGUUUCAGAUCUUAUUCGAUCUAGAAGGGUUUUUGUACAGGCAGGAUAUGCGUUUGUACCAGAACCUGACUUAGUCAGUCUCGUUGUCUCUUGUUUCCGGACCAGUUUAUCACGCAAUUUAGCGCACCUUGGGUUAACUUUGUGUUCUAGAAUAGCGUGUGAAGAAAAUCGGGUUUUACCUCUGUUGUCAUCCUUAUCCAGUCGUUAUCUUGGUGAGGACUAUUCAGCUAAAGCACCUGUUACUGGAGUGGUCAAAGCUGAUGAUAUAGACGGUUUCUCAAAACAGCCAGGCCUUCUACCACCGUGUAUGGCACAGUUGCAUGAAGCUCUCAAAGUCCAUCACCACUUGCGACAUUCCGGUAGAAUGCAGUACGGCCUAUUUUUAAAGGGUAUUGGAUUACCUCUGGAAGAGUCACUUAAGUUUUGGCGCAAAGCAUUCGCUCCUAAGUGCGACAGCGAUCAAUUUAAUAAGGCUUACGCCUAUAACAUCAGACAUAAUUAUGGGAAAGAAGGAAAACGUGCUGACUAUACACCGUAUUCUUGUAUCAGGAUUGUAUCAGGUAGUGCUCCAGGAGCCGGAGAUUAUCAUGGCUGUCCUUUUCGGCAUAUGGAUCCCGAGCUUCUGCGCCAGCGAUUACUGUCAGGUGGUCGCCUGUCUUCAGAUGUUGCAGAAAAUAUUGUUCAGCGAGCAAAAGAAAGACUUUACCAUCUAAGUUGUCGUGAAUACUUACGUGGGAUGUUAAAAUUGAGUGUAGACGAUAUAUCUGGGGUAACCAUUCACCAUCCAAACCAAUAUUUUGAAGAAGCUCGAAAGAUAUUACAAGGCAACAAAAAUAACCCUACGGUUGACAAAAUCUAUGUGAAAAAAGUCAAAUUGUACAAUGAUGAUGAUGACGACAGACUACUUCAAGCGAUUGACAUUUGUGAUGCAAGCUUUACAUCGUCCAUUAACGAUAAUGACAGUCUAAUAUGUUGAUCGCUGAUGUUUUUACUUAUCAUUCUUCAGUAUAGGAAGGAUUUCUCGUUAAUCAUUUAUAGCACAUAAAUGUUUCAAUUACGUAUUUUAAAAAACUAAAGGAAAAACUGAAUUAUACUUAUACAGAAUCCUAUGUGCUUGAAGUCCCACUAUUUGUACUAUUCUCUAUUUUUUGGAUUACGAUUUUCAUUUUUAACUAAGAAUUCUUAAAUUUCCUGUUUACUAUUACCCUUGUAUAAUAAAACCAAGACAAUCUGUCGAUAAAUAUUCUG